AUGACGCAAGAUCUGAUGAACCGGUGGACGUAUCCGCUUGUGCCCGAUAUGUUUGCGCCGAGCCACGAUGAGCUGUACCAGUACAAGCGCAGCAACAUCUAUCUCCAGCCAGGCUGCAUCCUUGGCAGACGGUGCAAGCUGCUUGGGUCGGUUGUGCUUGGGCCGGGGUGUGUUGUUGGCGAAGGGGAUGGGGCAGAGACGACGCUUCGCGGCACAGUGCUUGGCAGGAACUGCACCGUCGGGUGCGGUGUGCGCCUGCGCAAUGCAUAUGUGCUGGAUGGGAGCACCAUUGGCAACAACUGCAGCGUGGACCACGCGCUGAUUGGACGCAACGUGAAGAUCUGUGACGGCGUGGUGAUUCCACACGGCUGUGUCAUCGACGACGGCGUUGAAAUUGGCCCCAACAUCACGCUUCCAAAACACAUCCGCGUCUCCCUCACUCGUUCCGAGCCACUGCACAAUGAGCCUGAACCGUUGGAGAUUUUUGCAGACGAAGCGCUUGUGUUCAGGCCGCGUGAUCUUACGGCCUUGCCCGAAGUCACCGAAGACGAAGAAGAGGAGACGGACGACGUUGAAGACGCUGAAGAGGAGCUGUUCGAUGGCGACCUGGAAGCGGAGCCGGAGUCCGGAACCGGCAUGGAGGACACCCUCGCACCUGACGAGAGCGACCAAGCUGAUGAAGACAACGCGGGUGAUGGGGAGGAAGAGGAGGAUGAGGAGGAAGCGGGCGAGGGGUCGACGGAGGACACGGAGCAGCAGGAAGAGAGUGAGCAGUAUGAUGUUGAGUUUGUCGGUGAGGCCGGUCGCGGAUUUCGGUUCAUUCUUCGACCAGAUUUUGAGGACUCCGUGGAGGCCAUGUACUGGAAAGAACCAAAGAGGGCACCACCGCCUCCCGCCGUGUUCCCAUCCGCCCUCACGCGCGCCAUGUCGCUGUCGUCCGAGCUGCCAGAGUCACCCGAAGACGAGGACGUGGACAGCCUUCUUGGCGACGCAGAUGUCGUUGAACCGCUGAUUGAUCUUGACCAGGAGUUUGAAGAGUUCUACUCUGAUGUGCUUGAGCUGAUCCAGCAGCGUGUCAAGCCGGACAACGUGAAGGGUGCGCCGUUUUCGGCCAUCCAAGUCGAGAUUACGGGCUCCCGCGCAGCACACAACAUGGAUCACAGCGACGUGUGCUGUGCCAUUGUGCGCGCCAUCAUCACGAGUGCGGACCGUGUUCCGCGUGCGAAGUGUGAGCGGUAUCUUGCGCAGCUGACUGCUGCCAUGUCGCCAUUCCUGCAAAACUACGUGGAGACGGACAUGGACCAGCACGUGUGCAUCGAGAAUCUCAUGGAGUUUUGCUUGGACAACGACAAGGCCAGGCCCUGCUUUCAGACCUUGCUGUACACCCUGUAUGACAAGGAAGUGCUUGACGAGGACGCCAUCUUGCAGUGGUUCCGGGGUUACCACCCAGGCGAAGGUGCUGAGCGCCCGCAGGCGCACAUCUAUGAGCAGGCGCGGCGAUUCGUCAAGUGGCUCGAAGAGGCUGAGGAAGAGGAUGACGAUGAUGUUGACGAUGAUGAAAAUGAUGCUGAAGAGGCGCUUGCCGCGAGCAAGAGCCGUCAUCGUGGUGAUGAUGAUGGCGAUGAUGAAGACUCACAGGAACACAGUGUGUCUGGGGGGUGCGAGGAAGAGUAACGACGCGCGCAUCGCAUGAUUGUUGUGGUUGAGUCAUGGGCGUUUCCUGUCGUUGUGUACUGGUCCUAUCAUGGCACCGCCUGUUCGUGCCCAGGCCUCCCCGCGCCCGAUGAACUGGGCUGAUCUUGCAUGGUGAACCCAAGCAUACACCCAUCAGUGGAGGGAUGUUCCAUGAAACAGCUUAUUAUGCCCGUGCUUUCUGCUGCUUCCCCUAACUCUCUUAUCGGUCGCGUACCUGAACUGAAGCCUUAAUGCGCCAUGUACUUGACGAC